CUUGGUAAUAGGUCCAUCUUCUAGCAUUGCCUUUUGUCAUGUUCCCAAAAGAUAAGCACAAAAAUAUCUAAUAUUCAUAACUCCCUAACUAUCAAUUACGCUUAACACACACACUUUCCCAAUUAUAGUUAUCUUAUUCACUUAUUUAAUUCUCUCACAUUACAAGUUAAACACAUUUUCAAGGUAAGGAACUCACAUGUCUGUUAAAAAAAUUAAUAUUACAAGGGCAUACCUGUCAAAAAACUCAAUAUUAAAUGUAAAUAAUCCCUACCCAUGUUCACAUUAUUAAUUUGCUCUUUACCUAGCUAUCUUAUCUUUUUUCCUCAAUGAAAUGAACCCAAUUUUCUUCAUUUCUUUUCCUCUUCUUCUCCAUCGCCUCCAUAUUCUUGCUUGUUGAAUUUGCUCAAAGCAUACCCUAAGUGCUCAUCGUCCUUCAUGGAACCUAGCCAAUCCCCACCACCUCAAGGCCUGACCCAAGAAGAAUAUGCAGAGCUGAAGCCUUUAAUAGACACAUACCACAAAUUUGAGGCGGCACCCAACACAUGCACUUCUCUAAUAACGCAACUCAUUGGAGCACCAGCUCAAGCUGUGUGGCCUUUCGUUCGCAGCUUUGAAAACCCACAAAAAUACAAGCACUUCAUCAAGAGUUGCAACAUGAAAGGCACUGGUGGUAUAGGCAGCAUUAGAGAGGUUACUGUAGUUUCUGGGCUACCAGCUUCUACGAGCACCGAAAGGCUAGAGAUUUUGGAUGAUGAGAAGCAUAUAUUAAGCUUUAGGGUGGUUGGGGGUGAGCAUAGGCUAAAUAAUUAUCGGUCUGUCACAUCUGUUAAUGAGUUCAGCAAAGAAGGGAAGGUUUACACAAUUGUUUUGGAGUCUUAUAUAGUGGAUAUACCAGAAGGGAAUACUGGGGAGGAUACAAAGAUGUUUGUGGAUACUGUUGUCAAGUUGAAUCUUCAAAAGCUGGCAGUUGUAGCAAUGGCUUCACUGCAUGGACAUGAAUAAUAAUGAUGGAGAUCAAUUUGGUGGUGGUGGUUGAGGCGGCUGCGGUGGUGACGGGAGCCGUGAUAGAGAUGGCAGGGCUCUCAUUGAUGUUAUGAUGAUAUCUGAUCUGAGUGGCAAGUAUGGGUUUUGCAAGUUGGGUUUUCUUUUCGUUUUUCGUUUAUCCUUCUAUUGACUAGGAAAUUAGUAUUGGCUUUUAUAUCCUAAUUUUAUAUCUGGGUGAGUCCAGAUAUAAGCCUGGCUUGUUCUUGUUGUCAGGUUCCAAUCUUCAUUUUCUUAAUCUCUUAUUAACAAAAAAAAAAAAAAAAAAAAAAAAAAAUCAGUUAUAAGGUCAGCAUUUUCUCCUGAACAAGUUAAAGAAAGUUCAACAAUAGAUAUGAUGAUGGAUUCCUUCAUCAAUUAUCAUUUUCUUUUUCAAUCGACUAUAGAAUAUCUUUUUUUUA